GGGUAUAUAGAUCAAUUGUUUGCCCUUCUCGAUUUUUAAAUUUUUAAAUUCAAAAUUCAACAUGAAAACCUGUUUUAUUUUUAUGCUUCUUCUCAUUGCUCUCAUUCAAAUCUCACAUGGAGCCCCUGAUGUAUGUGUGAAGCUCAAAUGUCGCGCAGAUGAAGUGUGUGAUCGAGAAGCUGUUGAAUGUAUCAACAAAAAUGACAUGACAGAAGGAAGGCCUUGUGAGAAACAUGAAGAUUGUCGAGAUGACCACAUAUGCUACGUUGGGAAGUGUAUUUUCUUCAUAGGAAGACAUUAAAUUAUUGAUUUAGGAUUUUUUGUUUCUCGUAAAAGUAAUUUUAAUUAAUUGAUCAGAAAAAAAAACUGAAAAUAUUUUGCAAAUUAUAUUCUGUUUGUGAUCUAAUAAAGUUAUUGCGUGUAUCUUUGAAUAAAAACAAAA